UAGAGGCGCGACGAGGUGCGUCUCUCGAGAUCCGCACGAGGGCUUUCUGUAAGUUCGGCCUUUGGAAUAACAGCUGAAAUGAAACAAAAAAAAAAAAACUGCUAUCAACAUCAACCUGUCUGUGCAGCUCAAAGCGCUUGAGAAAGAGCCAAGCGUGGUGAAUAAACAGCAAUAAACGCAGCUCUUGGCCAGAGGAGGCUGUGGUAUUAAAACAGCAGGGGAAGGGAUGGAAGGGAGGGUGUGGGCUUGCGCUGGUACUUGAGAUUUAGGAGGAGAUUUGACAGGGGGAAGAUUAGGGACCAGGAGGCUGCAGGCUGCGGGUCUCAGAGCAACAGGCAGAGGGGGGGAGUCAAGUGGCUGCCUGACUGGGUUUUCAUUGGGAAACGGCGACUUCCUCCCUGUCUGUCUGUGAGCUGCUCUCGAAGCUGGAGAGGGCUUGGCUGGGAAAGUCACUGGGGCUCUGCUCCACUCCAAGAAAUCAGCAACUCCUUUGUUUUGGCACGGGGAGUUUAUGUUUUUUAUAGGCGUUGCUUGUGCAUGCUGCCACUUUCUUUCCUGCUAUUCCUGGGAGGGGAGAGAGGGAUGCAGGGCUGCACCUUGCACUUCAAUAGCUUGCUGGGCACAGACACAGAGAAGACCCCUUCUGAGCUAACAAACAAAAACAACCCUGCGGCUCAACCAAGCACUGAUUUUCUCAGACAACCUACAGCCUGCAGCAUAGGAUGUGCGUCUGUCAAUGGGCCCGUUUUCCAGAGACCUGCCUGGUCCUGCUGGGAGUGCUGACUCUCGCUCUCUCCCUGGGAAACCUCUCGGCCACUGGAGGACAGGAGGACGCCCCGGCCUCAAACAGCCUGGAGGACGACUCGGAGGUGACGGCCUACUGGUGGGGGGAGUGGGCGAAGUGGACGGCCUGCACGCGCACCUGCGGCGGAGGGGUCAAGUCCCAGGAGAGACACUGUCUCAAGCAGAGGAAGAAAACCGCUGUCGGAAAGGAGAACAUGACCUGCACUGGCACCUCAAAGAGAUACCACCUCUGCAACAUCAAGGACUGCCCUCCAUCCGCCCGCAGUUUCAGAGAAGAACAGUGCUCAUCUUUCAACUCGCAGGUUUACAACGGCCGGAGCUACCAAUGGAAACCUCUGUACCCUGAUGAUUAUGUGCACAUCUCCAGCAACCCCUGUGACCUGCACUGCACCACAGCGGACGGCCAGAGGCAGCUGAUGGUGCUUGCCCGAGACGGGACGUCCUGCAAGUACAGCGACUACAGGGGGGUCUGCGUCGACGGCAGGUGUGAGCCCAUUGGGUGUGACGGGGUGCUGUUCUCUCCACACACUCUGGAUAAGUGCGGAGUGUGUCGGGGAAAUGGGAGCAGCUGCAUCCGAGUCACUGGGAACUUCCGGAGAGGAACUUCCAAUCUGGGUUACUCCUUCAUAACUCAGAUCCCCGAGGGCUCAUGGGACAUCCAGAUCAUAGAAAGGAAGAAGUCUGCUGAUAUUUUGGCGGUGACCGAUCAGGCUGGGAACUUCUUCUUCAACGGGGCCUACAAGGUGGACAGCCCGCAGAACUUCCACGCCGCCGGGACCAUAUUCAAGUACCGGAGGCCCACGGACGUGUACGAGACCGGAAUCGAGUACAUAGUGGCGAAGGGCCCCAUCGACCAGGCGGUGAACGUGCUGGUGUGGAAUCAGAACGGCAGGACCCCUUACAUCACCUACGAGUACACCGUGCUUCGGGACCCCGACGACCCCGCCCCCCAGUCCCUCUUCUUCCCCGGGGCGGACGGCCAGGGCCUAGGGGGAAAGAGCAAGGGCUACCCCUCUGCGGAGGCCGACGCCCUGCUGCCCCACAACGCCAGCGCCAAAGGCACAAAGGAGCAGGGGGAGAGCGGGAACCAGGUGCUGGACAAGGGGCCCAGCCUGGGGGCCACCACCGAGAGCAAGGGACAGGAGACCAACGAGGUGUACGAGGAGGCCAUCGACUGUGAGCAGGGAGCACAGGCCAAGCCGCACUACACAGGUAGCCUGCAUGCUUUAUUUCACGGGGACAUGAACAAGGAGGAGCUGAUGGAUGGAGGGGGGUGGGGGAGUCAGAGGGAAUCACAUUUUCUCCGUGGAUCACAAACACAUCCUCUAAUGGGGCCCGGAGAGUGUUUUGGUGCCCGGCAGGGAAGAAGUUACGCAAGAACAGUCCACAAUCAGAACUGGCAAAUGCAACCCAGACGGGACUAUGACAGCUUGGUUGCAGAAGACAGCACGGUGCAAUAUUGUGGGAAAUCGGACUUGUUCCGUUCACACAUCGACAAGGAAUCAAAGCUGAACGGCAGCAGACCCAACAGCGUGGGGGACCUCCUCUUCGAGCCCUCCGAGUCCACGUCCGCAGAGCUGGUGCCGGACUCGCAGAACCUCAUCUGGAACAUGCUGGCGGGGGUGGCUGGUUUCAGGUGUACACAAAAGUCUCGUCAGGUGUACAGGCCGAAGCUACCUCCUGAUUCUGUUGUGUGCUCCUACAGUGUAUCAUUUCUGCGUCCUCCCCACCCCAGAAACGUACGUCUUGCUUGCUUCAAGCUCCAGAAGGAAUUAUUGUUUGAAUCCAUGUUCAAGUGCAGAAAAAUCCAUUGCCAUAGGUUACCUGGGCUCACACUCGAUUGGCCCUCCCAGGAAUGUUUGCUCUGUGUUGGCAGGAUUAACCAGAGGUUCCUGCAGAAGAACUUUGGCCUGAGCGCGGCGGACAUGUACAGGUGGAAGCUGUCUUCCCAGGAGCCCUGCAGCCUAACCUGCUCUAUAGGUACAUCGCGAGACCCUCUUCGCACUCUCACACACUCCUACUUACAGACAUGCGCCUUCGUGGUUCUGAGGGCUGAAAACAUCUUAAACGACGUCCUGGCCAACUCCAGUUCAGAUUCAAUCGUCAUCGGGGACCACGCAUGCACGGUCAGGCGAUGCACUGCGGGCCCGAGUUCGUCUGCAUCCCGGCCCCGUUUCCAAGCGUCGCAACCCCAGUCAGAAAGACCGUCUCACUUCUCAAGAGCAAAAUUCCGAUCGACGGCGUGGCCAUCGGCUGAAGCGACGUCUCUCACGACGUCUGCGGCCAGCAAGCGGUCUUCGAACAGGUGGGAGGCCAGCAGCUGGAGCGAGUGUUCCAGGACCUGCGGGGAGGGCUUCCAGUUCCGGCUGGUGCGCUGCUGGAAGAUGCUGUCCCCCGGCCUGGACAGCUCGGUGUACAGCGACCUCUGCACCCUGGCGGAACUGGAGAGGCCCCCCGAGCGCCGUGCCUGCAAGAGCCCCGCCUGCGGGCCCCAGUGGGAGGUGGCAGAGUGGACCGAGUGUCCCGCCAAAUGCGGCAAGAGAGGGAUCGUGACCAGGGAGGUGAGGUGCUCAGACGAGAAGAAGCCGUGCGACCCGGCGAGCCGCCCGCCCGCCAGCAAGAACUGCACAGGACCGCCCUGCGAGAGACAGUGGACGGCAUCUGAGUGGGGGCCGUGCUCAGGUUCCUGCGGCCAGGGCAAGAUGACCCGGCACGUGUACUGCAAGACGCCGGAGGGCAGAGUGGUGCCCGAGUCCCAGUGCACUCCGGAAAACAAGCCUCUGGCGAUCCACCCCUGUGGUGAGAAGGACUGCCCGGCUCACUGGCUGGCACAGGACUGGGAGAGGUGCAACACCACCUGCGGGCGAGGGGUGAAGAGACGGCUGGUGCAGUGCGUGGGCAUCGGGGCGGGCAAGUUCAAGAUCCACGAGGCGGAGGACUGCGACGCCGCCAGCAAGCCCGUGGAGGAGAACACCUGCUUCGAGAGGCCCUGCUUCAAGUGGUACACCACCCCCUGGUCUGAGUGCACCAAAACGUGUGGCGUGGGCGUGCGGAUGAGGGAUGUCAAGUGCUAUCAGGGCAGGGACAUCGUGCGAGGGUGCGACCCCCUAACCAAACCUGUUGCCAAGCAGACCUGUGCCCUGCAGCCCUGUCCAACAGAGCCACCAGAUGAGAACUGCCAGGACCGGCCCUCAACCAACUGCUCGCUGGCUCUUAAGGUCAACCUGUGCAGUCACUGGUACUACAGCAAGGCCUGCUGCCACUCCUGCCGCGCUGGCCACGCCCCCUAACCCCGGCUCCGCCUCGCACCCGCGCCCACCUCGCCGCAGGCAGGACCCCGGAGAACCUGCACGUGCUGUCGCCCCCCCCCCAAAAAAAAAAACUAUCAAUCAACCAAAACCCUGUGCUUUUCUCGAGCUUUCCGCCCGGACCUCAGAGGCAACUGCUGGCGAGGGCCAACCCGAGUCGGUCGGACCUCAUACGGUGGGGGUUGGCCACAGUGCUGGGAGCCCAGGACUCCAGAAGGCCCAGAAACCCCCCCCCUGCCCACUCUGAGGUUCAGUCUGGCGUUCCCAGCAACACUUUCACCCAACCAGCUCAGUAUGCCGGCACUGAACUCUGACGCCGCAGGUCCCCCCUCCCCCACCCGGUAUAAAUCUCAUGCCUCUGCCUGGCGGUUUCCCUACAAGCAAAAUUCCAGUCCAUUCCAGGCCAUUGUUCAGGUUCAGAGCCUACGAAGUUGAUUCUCAGCCGUUUCCUGCUUCUUUUUCUACAGGCCCCACUCGGCAGUGGUGGCCUAAAAGCAGAAAUGCCCUAAAAUGAGCGGUAGUAUUAAUAAUUUAAAAUAAGCAGGGAAAGGCAAGAAAUCAAUGAAUGCAGGUAUUUCUACUGAGUAUAGGCCUUUACCACACCAUGCAAGGUCUUUUUCUGACGAUUUGCCUGCUGGCUCGGCUGGCUCGGUGUAAAAGAAUGCCCAAUUGGGUCCAAAGAAACAUUGACACAGCAAACCUCACCUGCCUCGGGUUCCACACCUUGGUGUUGUACAGCCUUCACAGCAUUCCUGAAUGCCUUCUCCUUCUCCAAUGCCUUCUCCACAGAAGGCAUAUUCCCGGGCGGAAUAUUCCAGGGGAAAGUCAGGCUACGGUUAACACUGUCUGAGGCUGGAUCCUUAACGGAUCUGGGCUGCCUGUGACGUAAGUUGAGAACAACCAUUACAAACCAGAAAACAAAAACAGCAGCCUGGUACCUCACAAUUAAACAGCAGCAGAAAAAAAAAAACAACAACAUUUUUCUCCUGGUCCCCCCCAGACUACAAUACGUAGCCCAGAGCUUUCUCGCCAUAAUGCUGCGCUGGUUUCGAGAUCACGUCUAAACACUGUACUCUGACGCCAGGGCAUUCUUGUCCAUUAAAAGCCCUGUGAUAGACUUUCUGGGGGCUGUGUAAGCAUUAGCUGAGGAACAAAUCAGGGUUUACUGUACAUCUGCAAUAGGCGCUUGAAUUUUGAGGCAUUGGUUGAAGAUGACGACGUGCUGGGUGCUUUUUAAACUCCCCAGCUUCUCUUACAGCUGUUUGCUAAGUCUUGUUUGUGUAAAAGACAAAAAAAAAAAGUUAGUGACAAUAAUACACUAAGACAACCUUCCGUUUCUGAGGAGGGACGAGAUAAAUUAUUGUUCUGUGCAGUGUAUUGCAUGUUUAAAAUAUUUAUUAAUAUUAUUGUAUUGUUUGUUUUUUUUUAUUAUUAUUUCAGACCAGAAAGUAGGUUUUACUUCAAAUAUAAGACCAAUCUUGUUGCAAUGCAAGUGCAAUACAGAACGAUACCUCUGUCGAUGAAAUUGUACUGUAUGUUAAAAACACAGGUUCAGUCCGUAAAACCACUUUUGCUCAAGUUAUUCUCUAUUUAAAUGUUUUAAUGCUUUGUUUUAAAUGCUCCUUUUCCAUACACUUAUUCCUGUGUUAAAAUUACUUGAAAGCAUUUGUAUUGCUGGAGUUACAUUUUUUUUUGCUUAUUCUCGUGAUAGAGAGAUCAUUCCAAAGCACCUUUCAUAUCCAAAUCGUAAUAAAAAAUGAAUUUCUCAGCUGUGUUUAAAAGUUAAAAGUAUGCUAAAACUAAACCUAUGCUAUGGUGAGUCUUAAUUUUAUCCCCCGGAGACUUGAUGUAAAAUGGAAACAACAUAAUUGGGAAAAAAAGAGUAUUUUAAGAGUAAAAGGCAGCAAAAUUAAAAAAAUAUUUCACUUUGUUCACAAGUAAUACCAAGACCUUUUAGAUAAUUGCAUCUGCUAGGGAUUACUUACUUGGUACAGCAGUUUUCGUAGGAUCUCUGCAGUGUGUGUCUUGAAUGAAUGAUGCUGAUAAUGUAAAAUGACUACAUUACAAAUGCAUGUAAAAUGCAAUCAGCAUAUUAGCUUUCAGUUCUUAAACCUCUUAAAACCUCUUUCAGUUUUAUAAAACCUUCACGUGCCUCUUCCCAAAAAAGCUGGGCUAUCUGCUACAAGAAUGUUCUGAAUGAUUAUCCUGUCUAUUUCCCAAAGAAAAAAAAAUGUACAGUAUCCUUUUGUAUUUGUUGCUUUUACUGGAUAACAACUUAAUCUCUUUAAAACCUUGUUUUGAAUGAAUUUCUUGGAUAGUAAGUUGCUUUUGGAUUUCAAAAUAAAUUAUGUGCCUUUAGGUGAA